AUGCAUAAAGAAUAUAAAUCUUUAUCAGAUACUGUAUCGGAUCCGUCUACGUUGCAAAGUGAUGAACUCAACGAAGCUGAAGUCACAGAGAGUCCUGAAAAUCCUUCAAAUGAAGGUAACACUGUCAAGCGACGAAGGCAAGCAGCGACUAAACCUAAGGCUGCCCCAAUUGAAAGACCACGUAGAAGUGUUAGGCCCGUUGUCCCUUACGGCUCGGAGGCAACCGAAUCAAAGGCUCGUAACAAGAAGCCGGUCGAAAUCUCACAAGGUUCUGGCCUUUCCCUCAGUCAAAUUCCACAUGUAUUACGUGCGAUUGACAAAAUGAAGACAAGCGACGACGUCCUGAAAGGGUUACAUAAGCUUAUUUACGGUCGAAUGGGUUCAAAGCAUGACAUUAAAAAUCAUAUUCGUGCUUUCUCUGGAUUUAAGAUCCAAACACCACUCGACGAGAUCGUUCUUAAAGAAAAGCUUGAAAAAUGGAAGAUCGCAGGGCUUAAAGACAUAUGUCAUCUCUUUGGCCUUAAGUCAUCUGGCGAUAAGCAAAAGAUUGUUGAUCGCGUUUAUGACUUUUUAAAGAAUCCUCGCGAUAUGACUGCUCCCAAUGAAGAGAAUGGUAAAGGAAAAAGCGGAAAAAAAAAGAAAUCGGUCGCUAUUAAAGCAAAGACUAUUAUAAUUAGGAAAAAAACGGCAAAGGACAUGUUUUAUGCGGUACAAAGAUCAGUCUAUAAAGAAAAAGAGGAAAAUCUUUCCAAGACUCGAGCAGAAAUCGACAGUCUCCUGGCCGAUGCAUGGAAAGGUUUAUCCGAAGAAGAUAAAAAAUCAUAUGCAGAAAAAGCCACAGAUACAAAUAUGACUGAGCCUCAACAAAAAAGACAGAAUCAGAGCAAGAUUAGGGCCAAACAACCUGAAAUGGUUGAAGAUUCUGACCUCUCUGAUGAGGAAUUUGAAGACUCUAUGACAAACGAAGAAGAACAGCCUAAAGAUACUGACGUCGUGGACUCGGAUUCAGAUCUUAGUGAUCCACCGAGUGAUGACGAAAACAAUGAUGCUGUCGUUGAAGAACAAGAAAAUAGCAGACUUAUGACCAUGGAAAUAGACCUUGACGAGGCUGUGCCUGAAUCGGCACAAUCUUCGCGAAAGCGAGGUGCGGUCGAGCUUGAGGCCAAAGAAGGGCCUCAGAAAAGGCAACGUUCGGUGGCUUCGGCUGCCAGUCGUCGUGGUCGUGGUCGCCAUUUGAAAUAA